CCCGGCGCCAUGCGCUUCCCCGCACGCGUAUUCGCGCUCCUGCUCUCGCCACUACUUUACUCGUCUCUUAGUCUCGCGGCACCUGCAGAUGUACCCUCCGCCUCUUCUUUCUAUGUCUCACACCUCCCGGACCUCCACCAAGAUGAGACUCGGCCCCUGCGCAUGUACGCGGGCCACCUGUCCUCCGACCCAGAUGCGGGUACCGCUGAGCCUACAGACGUCACCGCGCAUCUGUACUUCUUCCUUGUGAAGGCGCGCCGUACUGCGGACAAGGAACGAAUCAUCUUCUGGUUGAAUGGGGGUCCAGGAUGUUCGUCGUUUGACGGCCUCAUGAUGGAGGUGGGUCCUUGGCGAGUGGAUGGGAAAGGUGGCCUUAAGACGGUGGAAGGUGGCUGGGAAGAGUAUGCGACAGUGGUCUACAUUGACCAACCUGCCGGAACUGGCUUCUCAUACGCCCCGUCAAAUAAGUAUGACCAUGAGCUUCCCGAGGCAUCUGCGCACUUCGUAGAAUUUCUGCGCAAUUUCUACAGGGUCUUCCCCGAAUACCAAGACGUCGACGCUUACAUCGCGGGCGAGAGCUAUGCGGGCCAAUAUAUCCCAUAUUUUGCGGACGCAGUCCUCAAUUCCAAGCUAAAGAUGCCACUGAAAGGCGUAGCAAUUGGAAACGGGUGGACAGACGCACGAAGACAGUACCCAGCUUACUUGGACUAUGCCGUAAAACAGGGCAUCAUCGAAACCACGUCGGAGGCAUACAAGACUAGCAAGGACAUCACGGACCGUUGUAUGCUGGAAAUGGCCAAGUACACGGAUGUGGAGCCUGUGCACGUCGACAUUUGCGAGCAAGUGAUGAUGACAGUCAUUUCGGGCAAGAACCACAAGGUCGACGGAAAACCAAAGUGUCUCAACAUCUACGAUGUGCGUCUGGAAGAUGACCAGCCGCAGUGCGGGAUGAACUGGCCUCCGGAUUUGGAAGACGUGUAUAAGUACCUAGCCAGGAGAGACGUAGUGUCUGCAAUCCACGCGUCCAACGUGCCGGGGACGUGGGUCGAGUGCAAGAGCCGCGUGCACUCCGAGUUUUCUGUGCGCAAGUCCAACUCGUCCAUCACGGUGCUCCCGCGCGUCCUCGAGCGUAUCCCGGUCAUGCUCUUCGUCGGAGACCAAGACAUGAUCUGCAACUAUGUCGGUAUCGAGAGCAUGGUCCAGUCUAUGAGCUGGAAUGGCGAGACUGGCCUUGGGAAGGUGCAGACGCAGUCGUGGACGGUGGGCGGAAACCUUGCAGGGACGUGGGUUGGCUCGCGCAACCUCACCUACGUCAAGAUCUUCAACGCGUCGCACAUGGUCGGCUUCGACGCCCCGCACGUCGCGCACGACAUGAUGCUGCGCUUCAUGGGCGUGAACUUUACCGCGAUCACGGAUGGCUCCGCGCGCAUCCCGAGCGCGGUCGGCGACGAUGCGAAGCCGCUCCCCGCCAUUCUCGACGACGUCCCUACGUCCACGCCCGUCGCCAGCAAGACCCCCGAACAGGACAAGGCGAUGUGGGAAGCAUACUACAACGCGGGUUCGGCGACGAUCGUGCUCGUGCUCAUCGCCGUGGCGGUCGGCGGCUUCCUGUGGUGGCGCUCGCGGCGGAACCGCAUGCGUGGCGGGCUCUCGCUCCCGACGCACGAAGAGAGCAUCCCGCUCAACUCGGCCAUUGGCCGGCGAGAUCGCGACGAGGAUGGGGAGCCCGCGUUCAGGCCGCGGAAGGGCAAGGAGCGGGCGGGGACGCUAGAGGAGGAAGAGGCGAUAUUCGAUGUGGGGAAUACGAGCGACGAUGAGGACGAGCGGAGUUCGAUCGCGAAGAGGGAUUAGACGGUGUAAUUUAUGCAUCCUUUGUUUUACAUACUGGAGUCGGACAUUUCAGCUCACC